AUGAGCUCUCAUUUUGGCCCUGCUUUUCAUGUAGAGAAAGAGAAGCACUCCAUUGCCAUUGAACUGGAGGGAGCUCUUCUCCUCUCCAGAAACUUCUUUCCCUACUUUCUGCUCAUCGCCCUCGAAGCCGGUGGCCCCCUCAGGGCUCUUCUUCUCCUCCUGUCCUAUCCUUUAUCACUGUUAUUCAAACUCAUUCUCGAUGAAAACGUAGCUCUUCAUAUGAUGAUCUUCAUAUCGACUGCCGGACUUAUGGUUUCAGAUGUGAAGGCGGUCGCGAAGGCCACACUUCCACGGUUCUUUCUGCAAGAGCUCAGGCGGAGCACGUACGAAGUCUUCGCGAAGUGUGGAGGUAAGAAGUAUGUCGUGACUUGUUUGCCGAGGGUUAUGGUGGAACCAAUCUUGAGGGAGUACUUGGAUGUCGAUCACGUGAUCAGCACGGAGUUGAGGGUGUUUGGGGGCCGAUGUCUCGGCCUGGUGGCUCCGCCAGGUAUCAUGGCAGGCAGCAGAAGAUUCACCGCCCUCAUGGAAGCUCACGGGACUGAUCGGAUGAUCGAUUUCGGAAUCGGUGCGGCAUUUACUGCUCAGCCAUUCUUGAGCCUGUGCCUGGAGCAGCACCUUAUUCCACCAGAGGAGAAUAGCUCGCCAUUGCCGCGGAACAACUAUCCUAAGCCGUUGAUCUUCCACGACGGUCGUCUCGUGGCACGACCAGGGCCGUCGGAUUUUGCUAUCAUUCUUCUCUGGUUCCCUCUAGGUGUCCUCUUAGCCAUUUUCCGGAUCUUAGUGGGCCUCAUCCUCCCCUCCAAUUUGGGCCUAUUUGGUGCUGCGGCCACGGGCUUUCGCAUACGGGCCCAAUUCCCUACAGCCUGCCACAUUUCCGGGCCACCUCAAGUUACCGCUGCACCGGAAAAAAGUGGCACACUGUAUGUGUGCAAUCAUCAGACGCUUCUCGACCCUGUGAUCAUAUCGACGGUUCUCCAGCGGAAGAUCUCAGCUGUUACUUACAGCUUAAGCAGAUUCUCAGAAUUGGUCUCUCCAAUCCCGACCGUCCGAUUAACCAGGGACCGCUGUAAGGACGGUGCGAUGAUGCGGCCACUGCUUGAUCAAGGUGAUCUAGUGGUGUGCCCUGAGGGGACCACGUGCCGCGAACCAUACCUGCUCCGGUUUAGCCCGUUAUUUGCAGAGAUAACCGAUGUGGUUGAACCGGUUGCCGUUCGAGCCUACGGGACCAUGUUCUAUGGGUCCACGGUUCGGGGUCACAAGUGGUUGGACUCAUUCUUCUUUCUGAUGAAUCCGAGCCCUGCUUACCAGUUGGACUUCCUCGAGCCUGUAUUCGGCUGUCAGAAAUCGAAAUACGAUGUUGCAAAUCACAUCCAACGGUUGAUCGGGGAGGCGAUUGGGUUCAAGUGCACCAAUUUCACGCGAAAGGACAAGUAUCGGAUGCUCGCGGGCCAUGAUGGUGUGGAUACAAGAAGCUGAAAUUUUGCAGUAGUAAUUACCAGUAAUUUAUGCUCAUAGAAGUAUAAUGUUAGUAACAUUGCAGCUUACUAUUAAAUUAUUUGAGCAAUGUAUUUGCUGCAGUUUGUAGUUUGCAGCUGUUAUAAGUUAAAAAAGAGGGCGAUUUGCGACUUUAUUUCCUA